CAGUUAUUUAACCGCCGUCCCAUCACGUCCGGCACAGCCGGGCCAUGGAGCGCCUGGAGGUAACGGAGACUUUCGCCGGCAUCGCGCUGCCUGGGCACCUCCACACCGCAGAGUCCCUGCAGUUCGCCACCAAAUUCCCCUUCCGUGACACCGAUGUGGUCAUCGUCACCUACCCCAAGUCGGGCACCACGUGGAUGCAGGAGAUCCUGACACUGCUGUACAGCGGUGGGGAUGCGCAGCCUGCCAAGACCAUCCCCAAUUGGGAGCGGGCGCCCUGGCUGGAGCAGAUCCACUUCCGCAGCUCGCUGCGGGACACAGCCACGCACCGCCUCAUCACCAGCCACCUGCCUGCCCGCGUGCUGGGCCCCUGGCUGCAGGGCAGCAAGGCCAAGGUGAUCUACGUGGCCAGGAACCCCAAGGAUGUGGUGGUCUCCUAUUACCACUUCCACCGCCUGGCCAAGUUCCUGCCUGACCCCGUUUCCUUUGACGCCUUCCUCCAGCAGUUCCUGGAGGGCAAAGUGCACUACGGCUCGUGGUUUGAGCACGUCAAGGGCUGGCUGGGCCAGCGGCAGCUUCUCGACAUCAUCUACAUCACCUAUGAGGAGCUGCACAAGGACCUGCGUGGCACAGCGCAGCGGCUCAGCGCGUUCCUGGGCAUUACGCUGGAGCCGCAGACGCUGUUGGCACUGGAGCAGCACUGCAGCUUCGCAGCCAUGCGGGACAACGCCAUGGCCAACUACACCCUGAUCCCCCCCGAGAUCAUGGACCACAGCCAGGGCCGCUUCAUGCGCAAAGGCGUGGUGGGCGAUUGGCGCUCCCACUUCUCACCGCCGCAAAACGCCCUCUUUGACCGCGUGUACCACGAGGAGAUGCACGACACUGAGCUGAGCGCCCACUGGGCCAUGGUGUGAGGGACGCGCAGCCCGCACAGCACACACAGCGUGGCCCUGGGAUGGGGAACAGCGGCUCCGUGCCCCACGGCGGGGCGGUUCCCGGCUGAGCGCCGCCGCCAUCCCCAAGGCUGCCGUCCCCUGGUGGCCGUGACCCCCCAACCCCUCGCUUCCUGCAGCGCGGUGGGGAGCGCGGCCCCGUUUGGGAAAGAAUAAAUAUUUAUUGCCAUUCC